AUGGCUAAGAACUUUGAAAUGUCGGAUUUGGGAAAGCUUACUUAUUAUCUCGGAAUUGAAGUGUCGCAGAGCAAGGACGGGAUAGAAAUUAAACAAGAGGCUUAUGCAAAGAAAAUAUUGACAGACGUCGGUAUGAUUAGCUGCAAUCCUACUAAUGUUCCCAUAGACCCGAACAUGAAAGUUUCUAAAUUUGAAGACGAAGAAGAUUUUGAUGCAACGAGAUAUCGAAAGAUUGUUGGGUGUCUCCAGUACCCUUUACAGACUCGACCAGAUUUGGUGUUUUAUGUCGGAGUAGCCAGUUGGUACAUGCAACGCCCGAAGCAAUCUCAUAUAGCUCUCAUCAAGCAAAUUCUUCGCUACUUAAAAGGUAUUUUUAGUUAUGGCAUUACCUAUACUCGAGGAGAAAAUAUGUUGGUCGGUUACAACGAUAGUAGUCACAACAUAGAUUCGGACGAUGGAAGUACUACGGGACACGUGUUUUUAUUUUGGAUCUUCCCCAAUUACCUGGCGUUCUCAAAAGCAAAGUACAGUUGCUUUAUCAUCGUGUGA